UGAUUUUGCUGUUUGCAGUGCGCUCAAUUUGAGUAAGGCGUUGCGACUUGCUCAUGGUAGUUGUCAUUUUCCGCUGAGCUCCGUCUUCUUUAAUUGGUCUUUCUCACAUAGUAAGUACUUUUACUAGUAAACAAGAAAUGGAUGGAAUCGUCACGUAUGAAUCCUCUUCCUCUGAUGAUGAAAUUCCCAAACAAGAUACUGCUCCAACACAACUUUUAAAAAGUAGUUUAAUUAAAUCCAUCGAUGUUGCGCCAGUUGUGGAACACAAGGAUGAGUUUCUAUCUCUUGUGCCUGUUGAUCCACAAUCUCAUGAACUUAUUCAUAAUCCUACUUAUGAAGAAUUAUUCGCACCAUCUUUCGGUCCAGUCAAUCCGUUUAAGUCUGAAAAACAAUUGGCUCCUAAAAAUACUUUAACUGGAUAUGUUGAAGAGGCUCACGUUAAUAAGUUUGCUUUUGAAAACCAGCAUAGAACUUUUAUGACUUAUGGUUACGCAGAAGAUCCUUCUGUUGAAGGAGGUGCUGAUCGACGUUUAGUUGGAGAGACAGAAAGCAUGACAGAAAAUGAAGGAAAAACUGCAUUUGAAAAGCGCCAGAAACGAAAAGGUGAUCUACGUAAACGUGAUAGUAAUUGGGAUCCAACGAGUGAAGAUUAUACUGGACCAUGGGCUAAAUAUAAAGAUGAAGUAACUGUUUCGGUUCCUUCUGAAGAGGAUCGUGUUUAUUUGGAAGCAUAUUUAGCAAAGAAAGCUAGCAAAAGAAAAGUUGUCGAAGAAGCUCCAAUUGAAGAAAAAUCUACACUGCAUAUACCAACACCAUAUGAUUAUCAGGGUAGAAGUUUCUUGCAUGCACCACAUGAUAUACCGAAUGUGAAUUUACGAGCAACUGAUCCACCAGAAAGAUGCUUUUUACCUAAAAGACAAAUUCAUGAAUGGAUUAGUGCACACGCACGUGGUGUUGCAGCAAUUCGCCUGUUCCCUCAUACUGGUCAUUUAAUGUUAUCUGCUGGAAUGGAUUCAAAGAUUAAGCUUUGGGAAUUAUAUAAAGAACGUCGAUUAAUUCGUAGUUAUAUGGGUCAUCGUCAAGCUGUUCGUGAUGUAUCAUUUAAUAGUAAUGGAACAGCAUUUUUAAGUGCAUCUUAUGAUCGUUAUGUAAAAUUAUGGGAUACAGAAAUUGGUAAAUGUACAAAUCAAUUCAAUUUAAAACGUGUUGCUUAUUGUGUACAAUUUAAUCCAGAUGAAGAUAAACAACAUUUAUUUUUAGUUGGUUGUGCUGAUAAAAAAAUAUUAUGUUAUGAUACGCGUAGUGGUGAAGUUGUCCAACAGUAUGAUCGUCAUUUAGGCGCCGUCAAUGCUGUUGCAUUUGUGGAUAAUAAUAGAAGAUUCGUUUCAACAUCCGAUGAUAAAUCGUUACGUGUAUGGGAAUGGGAUAUUCCAGUGGAUUUUAAAUAUCUUGCUGAUCCUUCUUUACAUUCAAUGCCAGCGGUUAGUGUUUCACCGAAUGGGAAAUAUUUAAUUUGUCAAUCUCUUGAUAAUCAAUUAGUUGUAUUUAAUAUAUUUGCUGGUUUUAAACGUAUGCGUAAAAAAAUCUUUCGUGGUCAUAUGGUGUCAGGUUAUGCAUGUACUGUAGAUAUGUCACCAGAUAUGCGUUAUGUAAUCUCUGGUGAUGGUGAUGGUUAUUUAUGUUUAUGGGAAUGGAAAACAACUAGAUUAUUAACAAAAUGGAAAGCACAUGAUGGUGUAUGUAUUAAUUGUGCAUGGUUACCACAUGAAACAUCGAAAGUAAUCACUGCCGGUUGGGAUGGAAAUAUACUAUCCUGGAGCUCAUGUGCAGCGUUGGCUUGUAAUAAGAGUUUUCCAAUUGCUCUAGGUGGACUGUCCGUAUCCACCAACUUGGUUAAAGAGUAG